GCGAGUCGCUGAGAUCUGAGGUGAAGUAAGACAAAGAUCAGUGCCAGAGAGUUUGCACUGUGCAGGAGCGGCAAGUUUAUAUUUAUCAUUAUUCAUGUUCCAGUGAUGAGGUGACACUUCGAAAAGGCUGUGAAACCCUAUAAGUCAUGCCUUUUUUGGAAUUCGUAGCUGGAAGCAUUUCAGGUGCACUGGGAUUAGCUGUCGGACAUCCGAUAGACACUGUGAAGGUGCGUCUGCAAGCCCAGUCUAUAUACAAAGGGUUAUUUCACUGUGUGGCACAAACAUACUCUCAUGAAGGGGUACAUGGAUUCUUCAAGGGCAUGGCAUUUCCUGUCCUCACGACCGGCAUCAUCAACUCCAUUGUCUUUGGUUCCUACAGCAAUGCUUUGGAUUAUCUCUCUCAGUCUGAGCGAACUGACCGCAGCCAAGGCAAAUCUGCCUCCUCUGUACAAGUUUUCACUGCUGGAUGCUUCUCAGGCCUCGUACAGGUUCUUGUCCUUGCCCCCAUUGACCUGGUGAAGGUGCGACUGCAGGGUCAGACCAACACCAGUCGAUACCGUGGACCCAUUCACUGUGUAGCCAGCAUCUGCAGGGAGGAGGGACCCAGAGGUCUUUUCAGAGGAGGCCUGGCACUUGCCCUGAGGGAUGUACCCUGCUAUGGACUCUACUUUUUGCCUUAUGAGCUCACCUGUCAGGCUCUGACUGAGAGUGGCAAACAACCAGGUACAUUUGCGAUAUUGAUGGCAGGUGGACUGGCGGGUGUGGUGACCUGGGCUUUCGCCACGCCCAUGGAUGUGGUGAAAGCUCGGCUGCAGAUGUCAGGGGCUGGGGGCCGGGAGUAUCAAGGGGUCCUCCACUGCAUGAGAGUGAGUGUUAGAGAGGAAGGCAUCAGGGUCUUCUUUAAAGGCCUUCUGCUGAACAGUGUGAGGGCCUUCCCUGUCAACGCCGUCACCUUCCUCAGCUACGAGAGCCUGAUGAGGACGUUCUGUCCACCGCCAGCAGGAUGAAUUCAAGCUUCACAGUAUAUGGAUAUGCUCAUUACUCUGAAACAUGCGGUAAGAACCUCACUACAGUGCGAUGGAGAAUUGCAUUCAUAUAUAAGAUACCAUAUGAAUGAUGAUCUUACAUUUGAAGGAAGUAUCUGAUGAUGACAAACUGAUGAUUCAAUAACUAUGUAUCAAUGGUGAUCUGCAGGUAUCAAGCUAGUGUCAGGGACAGCAGCACCUUCACUGAAGGUUAAAACUAACAAACUGCCACUCUAACUGAAUACACCCGUAAACAUAUUAAUAAACAAGUGAUGUGGAGAUGCAGGCUCCUGUAGACAGUUGAGCUACUUCUGUGUACUGUGAAAUAAAAAUUUGUUUAAUUAGCUAAUAUGUCAACUAAACCUGAUGACUUCCAUAAAGUUUUCCAUUUGUUUCUUUGUUUUUUCUUUCUUUCGACUCAUGUUAUUUCUACUCACUUUCUCCCUUAAUUACUGAAACUUUCCAGGCAUGAAAAAGCACUAAUUGUGGCAUGUUGCUUUGUUAAUAUGCCAAAAGACACCCACCAAUGCCAUAAAAUAGUCCUGAUGGUGGCUCUGUAGCACUGCUCUAAAUUUUAAAGCAUAUUUUAAAAAUCUCAAAAAAAGAAAUCAAUGAGGC